UGUACUAGUAGGGUUUUUUUUCCGGAACGACUGAAGAAACAAAGCAAUCAAUUGGGCUUAAUCACCAAAAUUAAUACACAAAUCUGGCCUCGUUCAAAACUUCAAACCAUUUUUCUACGCCUAAACUACCGACACAGUUGGGAGCUAGUUCCAGUCAUUUCAUUCUUUAACAAAUAACAACCGAAGGGACUUUUUUUAUUCUUUUUGCUGUAGCCUGUUACUGUUGCAAGCUAUUAGCUUCCUAGUUAUUUUCAUAAACUUCGUACAAGAUAUAACUGGAGAACCCGAACAGUCUGAGUGAUGUUUUCAUUAUUUUAUGGACUCUGGAAGUACAUGUUCACCAAGAUGGAGUUUCGUGUUCUCAUUCUUGGAAUUGACAAAGCUGGCAAAACAACAUUACUGGAGAAAGUGAAGUCACAGUAUUCAAACUUGGAAGGCCUUCCGCCUGACCGAAUUGUUCCAACGGUGGGGCUCAAUAUUGGUCGUGUUGAAGCGUCAAACACAAAACUCGUUUUCUGGGACCUGGGAGGUCAGCCUGGUCUUCGCUCCAUUUGGGAAAAAUAUUAUGAAGAGGCACAUGCUGUAGUUUAUGUAAUUGAUGCUGCUUGUCCAUCCCGUUUUGAAGAUUCAAUAUCUGCUCUUGAAAAGGUUCUUCGGCAUGAGGAUUUGCAAGGAGCUCCACUUCUGAUAUUAGCAAAUAAACAGGAUCUCAAAGAUGCUGUACAUGCUGAUGCACUUGCUCGAUAUCUGGACCUAAAAAAAUUGAACGAAAGAGUUUAUGCAUUUCAAGCAGUUUCGGCAACUGAUGGGCUUGGGAUCAAAGAAAGUGUAAAGUGGCUAGUAGAUGCCAUGGAAAGAAGCGAGAGAACAGAUACAUUGCGAGUUCGUGCUGGAUCCAGUGUUGUUUAGAAUUGAUAGUGCUAUAGCAACCUUAUAAUAGAGUUAUAUACUAGUAUUACACAUUGUUAUAUGCAUCUCAUGGUUCAAUUUUUUAUCUGAAUAGUUUGGCAUUGAAUCGACAUCAAUUCUAUAGUU